GUAGACUGUGGCCUGGCUCCCCUGAACACUAAGAUCGUGGGGGGAGGGGACGCGGCUGAGGGCAGCUGGCCGUGGCAGGUCAGUCUUCACUUCAACGGGCGCCACAUAUGCGGCGGCAGCCUUCUCAAUAGCCAAUGGGUGCUCACCGCCGCUCACUGCAUCUCCAGCACGGCCGUGGCCUCCUGGACGGUGUACCUGGGUCGUCAGGUGCAGUCAGGCUCCAAUGCUAACGAGGUUAGCGCCUCGCUAGCCUCCAUCCGGGUGCAUCCGCAGUACAACAACACGCUGUUCAACAACGACGUGGCGCUCAUGCAGCUGAGCAGCGCCGUCUCCUUCACCGACUACAUCCGGCCCGCAUGCCUCUCCACCUCCGCCUCUGCCUACCACACCACAACCACGUGCUGGGCCACCGGCUGGGGCAACGUGGGCAAGGACGUGUCGUUACCUGAUCCCGGUACGCUGCAGGAAGUGGAGGUGCCGGUGGUUGGGAAUCGUCAGUGCACCUGUCAGUUCACCGCCACCAACGCCGUCAUCACCAGCAGCAUGGUGUGUGCAGGCUCCUCUGGCAAGGGCGUCUGCCAGGGCGACUCUGGCGGUCCUCUUCAGUGUAAGCAGGGUUCCCAGUGGGUGGUGGCCGGCCUGUCUAGUUUCGGCAUCCCCUGCGCCACGGGCCAGUUCCCAGAAGUCUUUACUCGCGUCUCGGAGUACCAGACGUGGAUCACGGAUAACAUCGGGGGUUCGAGCGUGGGGUUUGUGACCUUCAGCUCCGCGGGGACGGACACCGACAGCAGCUUCGAAUGCAGCCCCACCACGUCAGCAGGGGGCGCUAUGAGGACGCACAUCCUCACCACUGCAGCCCUCGCACUGCUAACGCUACACGCCGUCAUUAUUACAACACUGUCAGCGCUAGGUCUCUCAGAUAAGACACCUGGGCUGGACGGAAACUUAUAUUUUGGACACCUCUGUGUGGAGGCCCAGACUUCAACAGACUGUGGCCUGGCUCCCCUGAACACUAAGAUCGUGGGGGGAGGGGACGCUGCAGAGGGCAGCUGGCCGUGGCAGGUCAGUCUUCACUUCAACGGACGCCACAUCUGCGGCGGCAGCCUUCUCAACAGCCAAUGGGUGCUCACCGCCGCUCACUGCAUCUCCAGCACGGCCGUGGCCUCCUGGACGGUGUACCUGGGUCGUCAGGUGCAGUCAGGCUCCAAUGCUAACGAGGUUAGCGCCUCGCUAGCCUCCAUCCGGGUGCAUCCGCAGUACAACAACACGCUGUUCAACAACGACGUGGCGCUCAUGCAGCUGAGCAGCGCCGUCUCCUUCACCGACUACAUCCGGCCCGCAUGCCUCUCCACCUCCGCCUCCGCCUACCACACCGCAACCACCUGCUGGGCCACCGGGUGGGGCAACAUCGGCAAGGACGGCUCGACGUUCCACACCGCAACCACGUGCUGGGCCACCGGCUGGGGCAACGUGGGCAAGGACGUGUCGUUACCUGAUCCCGGUACACUGCAGGAGGUGGAGGUGCCGGUGGUUGGGAAUCGUCAGUGUACCUGUCAGUUCACCGCCACCAACGCCGUUAUCACCAGCAGCAUGGUGUGCGCAGGCUCCUCUGGCAAGGGCGUCUGCCAGGGCGACUCUGGCGGUCCUCUUCAGUGUAAGCAGGGUUCCCAGUGGGUGGUGGCCGGCCUGUCUAGUUUCGGCAUCCCCUGCGCCACGGGCCAGUUCCCAGAAGUCUUCACUCGCGUCUCGGAGUACCAGACGUGGAUCUCGGAUAACGUCGGGGGUUCGAGCGUGGGGUUCGUGACCUUCAGCUCCGCGGGGACGGACACCGACAGCAGCUUCGAAUGCAGCCCCACCACGUCAGCAGGGGGCGCUAUGAGGACGCACAUCCUCACCACUGCAGCCCUCACACUGCUCACGCUACAUACCUUCAUCACAACACUGUAG